AUGCCUCCCAUCGCAAGAAAAGCCUCUGGCAACCGCCAGGCAACGUUGAGUUUCAACCACCGGGUGACCAAGGCCUCAGUGCCGAAGGUGUCGGCCAAGGAGUCAGUGCUAGCGGCGACGAAGAAGGCAGAGAAGGCCGAGACAAAGCGAGAGCCGACGAGACGGACAGCAACGCCGGAAAGCGAGGCAGCAGACUCUGAAAGUGGCGAGAAGAUACACUAUGUGGAGCCAGUGACGCCUGCGGCGGCGGCCAAGAGCGAGGCUGAGAUCAAGGCUGAGAGCGAAGCGGCGGCUGUCGGGGAUGUGCAGAUGCGGCGAUACUGGCAGAGCAUUGAGGCACAGAGGAUGGCCUCGAGGGUGCACCAGGAGAACCUGGAUCUGGGUGAGAAGGUGCUACGGUACUUUGACGUCAGCUCGCAGUUUGGGCCCUGCGUUGGGAUUAGCCGAAAGAAACGAUGGAUGCGAGCGCAGCGGCUGGGCCUGGCACCUCCGAUCGAGGUGCUGGCCGUGCUGUUGCAGGAGGAAGCGAAGGGCAGAGAGAACGUGGAGCGAGCGUGGAUUGACGGGAUUUUGAACCCGUCGGUGGUGGCAUGA